AUGGACGGAAGAGGCUAUAAACAACGGCGGCGGCGGAACAGCGGCGACAGGCGUGGGAUCCUGCCCUACGUGGCCCGAGUGGUUCGUCCCGCCUCGGCGGGGGGUCGGGUUCUGCUGCUGGAGCACUGCCGCUCCGACAACCCGCUUCUGGCGGCGUACCAAGAUGUCACGGCGGGGCCUGUGGCGGCGCUGGGUAAGGGCUGUGUUUGGAACCAGGAGGUGGAGGCGAUGGCGGUGAGGGCGGGGCUGCAGGUGGUGGUUUCGGAGCGAGCCGCUGCCGGCACUGUGGAGCUGCUGGUGGCGGUCAAACAGCCUUGA